AAUAUAACUACGAACCUUUUAGAGGUCGAAGUGACUUUGUGUCAAAUGUACGUUAACAGCAAAGUAUAACAUUUUUUACGAAGUGAUAUAGACCUUAGGAAACGUGUAGCCGUGGUCAAUUGGUGCAGUUGGGGUGGGGAGGAUUCGCGAGCCUCCGCGGCCCCCGCCAGCCAGCCAGCAGCAGCGCUUGCGCCGGCGCAAAGCCGUCAGUUUUGUUGCACCUCGCGUCCUCCUCGUGCGCCUCUACACCGCCUCCAACAAGUGUACUCGAAACGAAACCUUUCUGUGAUAUAGUGUUAAAAAAGCUAACUUAAAAAAAAACUUAGAAACUCUAAGUAUGUAUCUUAAACGUUACGGUUAAUAGUGCUGUGUUGUAAACAGUUAAACCUACUUGUGUGUGAAUAUACGAAGACCUCUCCAACACAAUAACACUGUAGCGAUACAUUUUAAUAUUUUCUACAUCACUAUCUGUUAGGAACUUGAGUAUAAACAAUUUGGUGAUAUUUAUUGUAAUAUUUAAUUGGACGCGAGUCUGUGGUGUCGUCGCAAAUGUAGUAUUUAUGUAGUGAGUCAUAGAGGCUGGACCUGCGCCCGCGCCUGUACUGCGACACAAGGACGGUGAGCUCAGCACGCAGACACGGCAAUUUGGACAAUAGUAUUAUGUAUACUUUACCCGAGGAUCGAUCGGAAGUUACGCUCUUUUUCAAAAAUGUCGCAAACAAUUACGGUGUACUGCUUCUUCUUCAUCCUGACAACUUCAGGCUUCGUGACAUGUUUAUCAGUGGUGGGUCCGCGCGUGUUGCGACCACACACAUCGUAUAAGGUAUCGAUAGCGGGCAGCUCUCGCGCGCACAACCUAUACGUGGCUGUGGAGCGGGAGGGAGGGCCCUUUAGCCAGGGGCGAGAGGUGCAGGUGCCAGCUGCCACCUCCAGGCUGCUAGAACUUGAUAUCGGUGACCCUGGUCCAGGGCGGUAUCGCUUGGUAGCGCGCUCUACUUCGGGCCCACAGUUCGCGUCCUCCGCACCGCUGCUCUACCAGCCGCGCAGCUUCUGCAUCUUCGUGCAGACUGACAAGCGCGUCUACCAGCCCGAGGACACCAUUAACUUUAGAGUUAUCGCAUUAGAUAAGUAUCUGUUGCCGCUGAACACAUCUGUGGAUGUGAGCAUCCUAGAUGCGGGCGGCGCAGCGAUACGCGAGUGGGCGGCGGCGUCGCUCGACCGCGGUCUCUUCGCCGACACACUCACGCUCGCCGACCAGCCCGCACUCGGCGAGUGGACCAUACAGGUGGAAGUGCGUGGUCAGAAGUAUUCGCAGCGUAUCCUGGUAGCAGACUAUGUACUGCCUAAGUUCCAAAUGGAAAUGAAUAUGCCCAAGGAGAUACUCUUCAGUGAUGGAAGAUUCAACAUCAAUGUUACCGCUAAGCAUUUUAAUGGGUUACCAGUACAAGGAGAGCUGACGAUAUCCGCUUACGCAGUUUUCUUCUCGGGAGUACUUCAGCCGGUGUUUUCAACGCCUGCAAGGAAAGUGGUAGACUUCAACGGCCAAGCUGAUGUCACUUACGAUCUGAAAACUGACCUCGAUCUCGCAGAAGACGCGGCCAGACCUUUAGUAGUCGAGGCCGUACUCGAAGAAAAAGAUACAUUGAUACGACAAAAUAUUUCAUCGAGAAUACUUCUUUUGCGAACGCCUUAUCGAUUGAAAGUUACCGCGCCGGAUUACUUUAAACCGCAGCUGCCGUACAUUGUUCAGAUCGAGGUGGUGAACUCGAGCGGGCAAGUCAUAGACACGGAGGGCGAGGUGAUGGUGGAGCAGCUGUGGGACGACGGGGCGCCCGCCAACCGCACCACCGUGCCCUUCCGCAAGGGGCUGGCCACAUACGAGACGGUGCCCGACGCAGCACACAAUAACUCCACCAUGAAUUUAGUGAUAAAGUACAAGGAGGUGACAGAGCGUGUGGUGAACGUGGUGAGCGGUUCCGGGGGCGCAGCGGCGCUGAGCGUGCAGCUGCUGAGCGCGGCCGGCGACAGCGCCGAGCUGAGCGCGCGCAUCGCCGCCAACCAGCCCAUGGACCUGCUGCACUACGUGCUCGUCGCGCGCGGCGAUAUACUGCUCGCAGAGACACUCGAGCUGAGCCCGGGGCGGCGCAGCGUGGAGGUGCGGGUGCCGGUGGGGCGCGGCGCGGCGCCGGGCUGCGUGCUGCUGGCUUGGGCACCGCGGCUCGACCCCGCGCACCCGCUACUUGCCGCCGGACUCUACCUACCGCGCGACAAACUUCUCUACAACCAGGUGUCAAUAUCGAUGGCUUCGAACUCGGGCCAGUACCGGCCCAACGGCAUGGUGGAGGUGCGCGCGGCUGGCGGUGCGGGCGGUGCGGGCGGUGCGGGCGCGCGCGUCGCGCUGCUGGCUGCGCCUGCGCACUCGCACGCGGCAGGCCUUGCCGGACCGCUCGGCAACGGUUUGGAUCUGCACACGAUCGAGCGCGAGGUGGAAAGUUUCAGCGGCGUGCGGCACUCGGUGUUCAGGAACGAGGAGCACCCGCCCGGUCUCGGCCUCGACCUGGCCGCCCGCGACCCUGCCGAUGUCUUUAAGAACGCCGGUCUCGUAAUAUUGACUGACGGCGUCGUAGUAGAAAACGAUCCAUCAGGAGAGUUUGCAGAGCGCGCGGCGGCGGGCUUGCGGCCGGCGCUGGCCGGACCUUACGCCUUCAGCCGGCUGCCGGCGCCGCCCUCGCCCCGCGUCUAUCUCAGCGUCACCCCACACCCCACGUGGAUGUUCUCCAACCUCACGCUCGAUAACGACGGCAAAGGCGCUAUGGAAGUCUGGUCCCCGGCCACUCCAGGGAAGUGGAGUAUGGGUGCGUUCUCCGUGCACCCGACGUUGGGGCUGGGCCUGGCGACGCCGCAGAGCUUCGUCACCAGCGUACCGCUGGCGCUCUCCGCCGAGCUGCCCGACACUCUGCAGCGCGGAGAGACGCUCGCCAUCGUCAUCACCCUACAGAACUCCAUGCCCACCGAUGUCACCGUCGAGGUCACCUUCCACAACUCCGACCAGUACUUCGAGUUCGAACCCUUAGAGAACACAGUCGAAACGACUAAAAAGAUAGAGCUGUUCCGUCGCGUGCGCGUGUCUGUGGGCGGCGGCGCGGCGGCCAGCACGGCGUUCCUGGUGAGCGCGGUGCGCGCCGGCACCGCACCUGUCAUCGUCGAGGCCAGCGGCGGCGGACUCUCCGCCUCGCUCUUCCGCACCAUUGACGUGCAGGACGGUUACGAGGAGGAGAUGUGGUCGUGGACAUUGUUGGACGGGCGACGCGGCGUGGCGCGCGGCAACGUGAGCGUGUGGGCGGCGGCGGGCACGCGGCUCAGCGGCAGCGCGCUGCUGGCGGCCGGCGACGUGCUGGCGCCAGCGCUGCGAGAACUGCGCGCCGUCCCGCCCGCCGCCGCCGACCCUGCGCACGCGCUGCGCCCGCUCGCCACUGCCUGCAUACUAUUAGACUACUUACAGACAACGAACCAAGACGAAGUAUCUAUAACGAAGGAAGCGCGCGGGCAGGCCGCGGCGGGCUACCAGCGGCUGAUGGCCUACCGCCGCCCCGAUGGCUCCUUCGCUCAGGAACUCGACCCGGAAGCUGAAGGCGACGUAUACAUGACAGCAGUAUCGGCUAGGUGGGUGUCCCGCUGCGCGCGGCACGUGUCUGCGGCGCCGGCGGGCGGUGCGGCGGCGCGCUGGCUGGCGCAGGCGCAGCUCACCGACGGCAGCUGGCCCGCCCCGCCACAGGCACGCAACGACCCGCACGCGCAGCGCCCGUUGCCGCUCGCAGCGCACGCGGUGCUUGCGCUCCUCAAUGCUAAGGGUAGCGAAGUGCUGUACAAGGAGCAGAUCAACAAAGGCGUGGAAUACAUAGCGCGCGGUCUCGCGCCCGACCUGGACGCGUACGCCCUGGCGGUGGCGGCCAGCGCACUCGCGGAAGCGCGACAUCCGCAGGCCGUUCUCGCGCUGCAGAUGAUGGACAAAUACGUUAACUCGUCUGAUUCGACGUUGUUCUGGUCGCGCAAGCUGCACGGGUCGGAGUGGCGCAACCCGUGGCUGGUGGGCAACAGCCUGGAGGCGAGAGCGGCGGCGUGCGGCCUGCGCGCGCUGCUCGCCGCACGACACACCGAGCGCGCGCUGCCUGUCGCGCGAUACCUGCUGCAGCACCUGCGCCCAGAACACGUGCAUCCAGACGUCUUGGAUGCAUUGGCACAGUUCUCGGAAGCGAUAAAGACGUCCAAGAAGCUCCGCGUGUCGGUGAACGUGACGAGCUUCGAGGAGCCGCGCCAGUUUAACAUCGACGACGACAACGCGCUCAUUGUUCAAACACAACUGGUGCGCAGUGCGCGGUGGGCGAGCGCAGUGACGGAGGGUCGCGGCGUGGCGCUGCUGGGGCUGUCUGCGCGCGGCGCCAGCAACGUGACGGCGGCCUGGCCGCGCUACACGCUAGAUCCGCGCGUCGACCGCGUCUCCACCGAGCACCGCCUGCAGCUCUCCAUCUGUGUCGGGUUCGUUGCGCAAGGGAAUGAUACAGAAAGUGGAUUAGCCUUGCUGACGGUGCAGCUACCGUCCGGUUUCCUGGCCGACAUCAAUACUAUUACGGAACUGACGUCUGCGCGGCACGUGGUGGGCGCGCGGCUGCAGCGCGGCGGGGCGCGCGUGCUGGCGUGGCUGCGGGCCGCGCGCGCCGAGCGCUGCGCCACGCUGGCGGCGCCGCGUGUGUUGCCCGCCGCGCGACAGCGCCCCGGCUGGGCGGACCUCGUCGACCUAGCCGAUUCCAGUCACCGCGCGCGCGUGUUCUUCUCUGCGGUGUCGUCGAGCGCGUGCUCCGUGUGCCGCGCGUGGCCGUCGUGCGAGCGCGCGUGCGGGGCGCCGGCGCUACAGCGCGCACCCGACAGCCCCAACGCGGGCGGCGCACUCGGCGCUCCCACCUCGCCCGGACAAGGCAAGCCGAAUAGUGCGCCCGCCUGGCAAACAACUCUCACACCUAUAUUCCUCACAACGCUGCUCCUCAUGCGGUAGACUCUAUUGACUUUCUAACAUCGUUAACAGGUUUCUGUCAUCUUAAUUUUAUCGACAUGUCACAUUAAGAUAAUGUUACUAAUCAUAUUGAAAUGUAUUAACUGUAUGAAGGCACUACCUAAAUGUUGCAGACGAUAAUGAUUAAGUCAAUCUACAAAACAUCCCACUGAUACAAACAUAUUCAGUACCGUGAGAGGUAUUUCACGAACAUGAGAAGACUUUAGACUUUGCAGUUACGCGGCUGAUAGUAAGUAAUUGCGAACAGACAGAGGUUUAAGUCUAUGCUUAGUGUUGUGAUUUAAUAUGUAUAAUGAAACUGAAAUUAAUUGAAAUCACUAAAUUCGCGGGUCAUAAGUACUUAAUUGGCAUAUAACUGCCUCUGUCAGAUUAUAACUCUGUUAAAAUACAUUGGUUAUUACUUAUCA